GCGUCGCGAGAGUGGUAGUUGUUACGACUGAAUUGAAAAUUAUGAAUGCCUUCUCUGUAACCUUCGUCACUGGUCGUUUGUGGGUCCAGCAUUUCCGGGUCGUUUUGAUCAUCUUUGUAAUAUGAAUCGUCAAGUGGGAUAACAUAAGGCGCGAAUAGUGAGCAACCGGCGCCUGCCAUGGUUCGGUUUUGUGGACGAUCUGAAUAUGAACGUCUUAGUGCUAGGGCGGGAUUACUUGCCCGGGCAAAAUAACGAGUUAUCCCGAGAUUUGACGAGAUCCUAACUAGAAAAAUCAUUGUUUAAGGGUUGGAAAAUGUCAACUUAUAUAUCGUUUUUACAGUAUUAAAUAAAUGCAUUAGAUUAUAUCGAUGAUGACUCACGCGGUAUGGAAAUAAUCCAUUUACGGCUUCAAGUUGCAGUUGGCUAUGGCUCUCUAGCCAAAUAACCCUGGACGAGGUCUAGCAUAGCCCCAUAUGCUACUGUAUGAAGGUAGUGCUGCAUCGCGUUGUUGUAAUCUGAUAUAGUAUCCUCUAUUAAAUACACUUCUAAUUUUUCUAAUGUUUUCUAAUGUUCAAGUAAACUCCUCUUUGACCAUGGAGUCCAGCAGAUUCGCCGUGUUUAUCUUCAGCAAGACGGCUGGCUAUAGGCAUGAAUCAAUUCCUGCGGGGAUAGAAGGUAUUCAACGGCUUGGGGACUCGUCUGGUGCAUUUACGGUCGACUCAUCAGAAGACGCAUCCCUAAUCAAUGCCAAAAACCUAUCGCGCUAUGCAGUCGUCAUAUUUCUACAGACCAGCGGCGACUUUCUCACAAGAGACCAAUUGGUUGGGCUACAGAGUUAUGUGCGCAGCGGCGGAGGAUUUGUUGGUAUUCACUGUGCUGCUUGUGGAAUGACGAGGGAGCCUUGGUAUAACGAACUUAUUGGCGCUGUCUUCACGGACCAUCCAGAGCCACAACGCGGGGUUCUGGCAGCCGAGAAUGAAGACCAUUUUAUCACUUCCAGCCUGCCAGCAAAGUGGGAAUGGUUUGAUGAAUGGUAUAACUUUGAUCGAAAUCCUCGCGCAGUAGUAACCGUGCUGUUAUCUAUUGAUGAGAAGACAUAUACAGGAGGCAAGCACAGCGAAGACCACCCUAUUGCCUGGUGUCGAGAAUUUGACGGUGGGCGCUCCUUUUACACGUCGCUGGGUCAUUUCGACGGUGCGUAUAGCGAUCAGAAAUUCAUGAGCCAUAUUUUGAAUGGGAUAUUGUGGGCAGCACAGAAGACAUAGCAUUGAUGUAAACAAAUUCCGAUAUCUAAGCUGACUGAUACUUCUGCUUGAUGAUUUGAAUAUAAAUUAUCAUGAUACUUGGCAAUGAACAUCACUAUUUCUACUGUUUUGAUUCCAG